AUGCCAAGCUUCAACUGGAGCGCGGAGGCUGAUGCCAAGCUCAUGGCCAGCCUUAUGCGGAUCUGCGACGUCAAGCCUACUGGAGAGCAGAAAGAUCAGCUUGCUGCAGAAUUCGGUGUGACUGCAAAGUCGAUUACCCAUCGGAUCACCCACUACCGCAAUGCCGGCAAAUAUGGCCAAAGCGUCAAGGCUGCAGCAAGUGAGAAGAAGGCCUCCAAGGACAGUGAUGGACCCUCUACACCAAAGCAAACCAAGCCAGGCCGCAAGAGCAACAAAAAGACAGCCGCUGCUGCCGCCGACGAAGGUGAUGAGGAGGUCAAUGGGGCGCUGACACCACCGCCUAGCGAUCGUCCCAAGCGCGAUGGUGGUAAGAAGCGCGAUUAUGCUGCUCUGGCUGGUAUGAAGGAUGAGGAAGGCGAUGAAAUCGACUCUGAGGAUGGGCUGAGUAAGAAGGUCAAGGUUGAAGUCGGCGAAGAUAUUGGUGAGGGCCUACGUCAGAGCCAGCAUUUUGAGGAAGCUAUGGCUGAGAUGGGCGGUGAGGAUGACUUCAACUAG